GCCAGGGCGUUUCGCCUUUGUGCUCUGUAAGGGAAAGCCUUUUUUUCCAGGGCACAACAAACUUGGGCGGAGAGCUUCCGUGUGUCCCCUCUCCCCCCUCCAACCCGGGCAAGGCCGCCCACGGUGGUGAGGCCAUCUGAAGGGAUGCCCGGUCGGUCCUCCGCGCCUGGAACCCUUCCAAGAGCUUGAGGCCGGGGUGGACCCCGGCCGGCGAGGGCGCGCGGGAGCCCGAAGUAGUGGGGACCCGAGCUGCCCGGAGGCAGAGGAAGAGCUCUUGCUUCCCGUUAAGAACGCACUGCCUUCUCGGGCCGUGGCCACGGCUGAAGCGGAGGGCCAGGGUCCGGGCCGCCAGCCAGGCGCGCGUCACACCGGGUCUUAGAAGGGGAUGAUUCCCCAGUAACACUCCCUGCCCUGAUCCGAGGUGCACUCAGCCUCCCUUCCAGGGAAGACUGCUUCUUGUGUGACGCCGGCCAUAGAAAGAGACUCCGAUGGACUUACACCGGGCAGCCUUCAAGAUGGAGAACUCGUCCUACCUCCCCAAUCCUCUGGCAUCCCCGGCACUGAUGGUCUUGGCGUCCACGGCUGAGGCCAGCCGUGAUGCUUCCAUCCCCUGUCAGCAGCCACGACCCUUUGGUGUACCUGUCUCAGUAGACAAGGACGUGCACAUUCCCUUCACCAACGGCUCCUACACCUUUGCCUCUAUGUACCAUCGGCAGGGUGGGGUGCCAGGCACUUUUGCCAAUCGUGAUUUUCCCCCUUCUUUACUACACCUCCACCCUCAGUUUGCUCCCCCAAAUCUAGAUUGCACCCCAAUCAGUAUGCUGAACCAUAGUGGAGUGGGGGCUUUCCGUCCCUUUGCUUCCACUGAGGACCGGGAGAGUUACCAGUCAGCCUUUACGCCAGCCAAGCGACUUAAGAACUGCCAUGACACAGAGUCUCCCCACUUGCGCUUCUCAGAUGCAGAUGGCAAGGAAUAUGACUUUGGGACCCAGCUGCCAUCUAGCUCCCCUGGUUCACUUAAGGUUGAUGAUGCUGGGAAGAAGAUCUUUGCUGUCUCUGGCCUCAUUUCGGAUCGGGAAACCUCAUCUAGCCCAGAGGAUCGGAAUGAUAGAUGUAAGUACUUUGGUGUGAGCCCCCUCCCCGCAGGAAGCCUGCCUCACAAUAGUGUUCAACAGGUCCGCGGCAUUUUUCAGGCUCCUAGUAAUGGGAAGGGCCAACCACUGCCCAUUCAGUAGCUGUGGAUUACUGACAUUUACUUAUCUCUUGUCAAUGAGCACUGAUAGUCCUGAUAGGAAAUGUUUUUCUGAAGGUGGCCAGAGGCAAGUUAGCCUGGGUACUGCCUCUCCCCAGGCCGUGACUGGCUUAUUCCCUGGGGACUCUGGAGUGAGGAGCAGUGCCAUAUGUGUACUGGAGUAUAUAUCAUUUCAUUAGAAAGUGUAGGUUCCUAGGGAAUUUGGGGGCCCCGAAGAAACAUCCAUCCCUCUCUCUUGGCUUGCCUCAAUUGUGUUUCUCUGAUGUCGGUGUUAUUUUUUAGUUUUUCCAUAGUAUCACACCCAGCAGACUCCAUGUGAUUUUAUUUUCACAACUCUCAACUCUUGUCCGCAUCAGGCUAUUUUUCAGAGAAGAACAAAGGUGUCGUCAAUCACCAUAAAGCAUUUCAAACAGCUGUGUUUUCCUUGCGAUUGCAAGGCUAGAAAGCUGACUUCUCUUGGGAUUUAACACGUUUGCUGGAUGCUUAUCCUGGGGCUCACUUUUAGGACUAGACACGGUUGACCUGUGUGGCUGCUCCGUAUUUGAUGUUCACAACUAUUACUAAUUUCUGCUUAGGGAACACCUCUCUCAUGGUCUCCAAGUGCCUUAUUGGGCUGUGCACUCAGGAAUAGUUGGAACUAAACCUUUAUUUGGAACUUGUAGACUAGGAGUGCAAUCUUCUCUUCUAAUAUAAGCAGAAAAUAAUUGUGUUUUGAAGCUUUUCGGUUGCGGGUAGACAGAGCAGUUUUCUUCAAGCCUGGUGAGAAUUUAUGAACUGAGGGUGUUUUUCCACCCAACCCUUUGUUCUAAGAUUGCCUUCAUUUUAUUUUCUUAAGAAAACUACAUCUGAGGUUUGCUUUCCCCUCUUCUCUAUUUUUUGUGCUCCUGUCCUCUGUAUAACCACCAACACGAAUGCCAUUUUUUUUUUCUCUUCUCUUUAUGAUGCCGAGGAGAGUAAUAGAGACAUUGCCGUUCUCUCCCCUGUCGGCACUGCUUCCUCAGGCUGUCUCCUUGAAUUAGGCACUGUGUUAACUUUCCUGCGCUAAAAGGCAUCUGCCUAAACCCAGCGUACCUUUUCAAUAAAAGUCAUCAUAAAAUCAACCUGCCUUGUAAAUCCAUCGCUCUUUGGUUUUGAAAUAUGUUGCGAGUGUGUCUUUUAUGUCAGCGUCUGUAAGCCUGAGACCUCCCCACUUAAGGGAGAAGGCUGCUGUGUGAUAGCUCGAC